CGCACGCACUUUGUUCGACUGUUGCUUUUCCAACAGGCGCCUUUCACGGCCAAGGCCGGGCUGACGGCACAAGAGCCCGUUAUUUACAGCACUGCACUGAGCAGGGCUCUCGUUCUGGAUUAGUUCCAUCUGCCCAUCUCUCACAUGGGUGUGAGGCCCUGCUCAAUAGCGCCCUAAACUAACGCGAAGCUCAGGCACACUAUCAGAAUCUGGGUAUGGGCCACCCACCCACGCCCAACGGCGGCCCACGCCCGCGAGAGGAUGAGAGGAGAGAAUGAGUGAGAGAGAGAAAGUGAUGUGGGAGAGGCAGGGUAGGGGAUGAAUGGAGGGACGGACCAGGCUCACUCCGUCGUUUCUUGCAUAUAAACACCAUCCUCCGACCUACAUGGGCAUUCUUUUCCUUCCCACUCCUCUUCUUGUCACUCUUUCUUAUAUCAGUCUUCGCGGAAUAUAAGUAACUCUUCAGAGUUCUACCGCAGUCCAUUCGUUCAUUACUGAAUCUGUACAUUCUUUCAAACAUAAUGAAGAGCGCUGUCUUUAUGGCCAUGGCCUUUGGCCUGGCUUCCGCUAACAUCUCCCCUCGAUACGAGCUCCCUCCUGUCACUGAGACAUGCGAGUGUGAUACCGAUGAUCUUUGCUACCAGGCUGUCCGCGCUCCUGGUGCCACUUUCUGCGACCACAUCCAGAGCUGCCAGCUUCCCUCAGUUUGCGCUGACCGUUAUACUCUCCAGGAGGCUUGCACCUGUGUUCUCCCCACUACCACCACUGCUGCUGCCGUCUCUACCACCGAGACUGCUAGCACCGAGGCUGGUACUGCCACCACCGCUACCACUGAGGCCGAGACUGCCACUACUGGUACCACUGAGGUUGACACUGCUACAACCGAAACCGGCACCACCAAGGUUGAUACCGCUACCUCUGAGACCGAGACUGCUACCGGUGUCACCACCGGGGCUGCCUCCACCACCACUGCCCCUGCUGAGACCAACACCACCACUGAGGAGGAGGACUGCGACUCUACCACCGAGGAGCUCUCCACUGGCACUGAGACUGCUACUGCUCCUACUGGCACUGAGACCGCCCCUACUGGUACCGAGACGAAGACCGAGACCGCCCCUACCGGCACUGCAACCGUUCCCGUCAACACUGACACCAAGACCGAGACUGCCCCUACCGGCACCAAGACUGAGACUGCUCCUACUGGUACCGAGACCGCCCCUGUCAACACUGACACCAAGACCGAGACUGCCCCUACCGGCACCAAGACUGAGACUGCUCCUACUGGUACUGAGACUGCUCCCGUCAACACCGAUACCAAGACUGAGACCGCUCCUACUGGCACUGAGACCAAGACUGCUGGUGUUUCCACCACUGAGGGAUCCCACGGCACCCAGACCACUGAGGCUACCGUCCCUUACACCACCAAGACUAUCUACACCACUUCCGUCCACACCUACUCUAAGUGCCCUGACUACGUCAAGGACUGCCCUUACGGAACUCACGGUCCUUACACCGUCACUGAGACCGUUGCUGUUUCCACCACUGUCUGCCCUGUGACUGAGGGACACCCCAAGCCUACUGGUUACACCACCAAGACCGUCUACUCUACUGAGGUCUACACCAUCUCCAAGUGCGCUUCUACCGUCAAGGACUGCCCCUACGGAUCCGUCACCACCAAGAGCUACCCCGUCUCUACCACUGUCUGCCCCAUCACCGAGGAGCACUCCAAGCCUACCGGCUACGCUCCUCCUGAGUAUACCACCAAGACUGUCUACUCCACCAAGGUCUACACUGUCACCAAGUGCGGCCCUGAGGUCAAGGACUGCCCUUACGGUUCCGUCACCACUGAGACUGUCCCUGUCUCUACCACCGUCUGCCCUGUCACUGAGGAGCACACCAAGCCCACUGGCUAUGCUCCUCCUCCCCACAGCACUCUCUACACCACCAAGACCGCCUACCUCACCAAGGUCUACACCGUUACCAAGUGCGGUCCUGAGGUCCCCAACUGCCCUUACGGCUCUCUCACCACCGAGACCGUCCAGCAGACCACUGUCUACGCCACCGGUACUAAGGAGAUUCCUUCUUACCCUACCGUUGUCGUUCCCAAGCCUGAGCAGCCCGAGCACUCCGCUCCCGCUAAGCCUGAGUACCCUGCUCCCAAGCCUGAGCACUCUGCUCCUGCUAAGCCUGAGUACCCUGCUCCCUCCAAGCCUGAGCACCCUGCUUACCCUGCUCCUCCUGCUGAGACCGAGACCCACGUGGCUCCCGCUCCCAGCCAGCCUUCUGCCACUCUCCCCUACCACGCCCCCACUGGCACUGCCCCCGCUGUCGAGGUCACUGCCGGUGCUUCUCGCUUCGGUGUCGAGAUGGCCGUCGCUGCUGCCGGUAUCUUUGCCGUUCUUCUGUAAAUGCAUCAUGGAACAUAAAACUUUCCCUUUGCUGUUUAUUUAUUACAAACAUAAUAAGCUUCACUAUGUACAUAGUAUGAUUUAGACGAUCUUGGCUCGGCCAAGUAGUGGUAGAAAGAAUGGUUACGAUUUUUGGAUAAUAUUGUGUAAUUUUGUUGUUGAAGAUACCACCACAUCAUCAAUUAUAGACAUAUCUUAAUACG